AUGAGUUGGAUGACGAUGAUGAAGAUGAGAGGAAGGACCAUGAUAAUAAUGAAUCUAUCGAUAGUGAAGGGGAGUUGGAUGACGAUGAUGAAGAUGAAUGGAGGGACGGUGAUGAUAGUGAAACAAGCGAUAGUGAAGGCAAGCCGGAUGAUUAUAAAGAAGCCGAGUGGCGAGACGGUGAUGAUCUUGAAUCUAUCGAUAAGGAAGGUGAGCCGGAUAACGUUGAAGAGGCAGAGAGGAGAGAGGGGGAUAAUGAUAAUCUCAGCGAUAGUGAGGGUGAGUUGGAUGACGAUGAUGAAGAUGAAUGGAGGGACGGUAAUGGUAAUGAAUAUAGCGAUAGUGAAGGUGAGUUGGAUGAGGAUGUGGAAGCUGAAUGGAGAGACUAUGAUGAUCAAAAAUCUAUUGAUAGUGAAGGUGGGUUGGAUGAUGAUAAUGAUGAUGAAUGGAGGGACGGUUAUGAUAUUGAAGCUAUCGAAAGUGAAGGUGAGCCCGAUAACGAUGAAGACGCAGAGUGGAGAUUCAGUGAUAAUCAUGAUACCAGCGACAGUGAGGGUGAGUUGGAUGACGAUACAGAAGCCGAAUGGAGAGACGGUGAUGAUAAAAAAACUAUUGAUAGUGAAGGUGAGUUGGAUGACGAUGAUGAAGAUGAAUGGAAAAACGGUGAUGAUAAUAAAUCUAUCGAUAAUGAAGGUGAGUUGGAUUUCAAUGGAGAAGAUGAGUGGGGAGACACUGAUGAUCUUGAAUCUGUCGAUAGUGGAGGUGGGCUAG